GAGAAUGUAUGUAACAAGACCUCGAUCUUUGUACAAAAGGGAUCCUGAAGCUCUUGGACAUGAACCAGAGGGACCAAAUUCAGGCUACCUAGUACUUCAAGACCAAGAUGCUGAGACUUACGGAUGUUUUGGCUUGUGGAAGAACGGCAUCGGCAAUCUUCCAUUUCCACAGAACAGAAACUUAACAGUUGUUUAGACACUUAAUAGACAAGGAUCUGUGGUGUAUCAUGAUGCAGUUAUUUUCAUUCCUGUUCUUAAUCAGCCUCUUUCUUCUAAUCGCUGCUAUGUCAUUCGAAGGAAAGGGAGGCGUCAAGGUGAAGUGAGCACAUGUUCAAAGGAAGAAGACAUGGGGACAUGUUUGUGCUGCACUUACAUCAAAGACGUCAAAUCAAAACCUCUGAAUUUGAAUCCAUCUGAUGAAUAUCAACAAUUUCAGAUAAUGCAAAAGGGUUGGAGAUUUCGAGCCAAGUCUAUUGUCUCAGAUGGGUUUGCUCCUCAGUCUUGAGGAGAAAAGGUUGGUCUCUGUCCACCAAGACACCACGCCAUAACCAAUUGGGUGAAGCUCUCGGCAUCAACCCCACCUUGAGAGCCCAAUUGCCGCCCUUCACCUUCUCAUCAUCGUCAUCAGAUCGCUCCGAGCCAAUGGUCGUCGGAAAAUGGUACAGCCCUUUCAUGUUUGUGAAUGAAGAAGGAGUGAGUGUGAAGGAGCAGAUGAAGAGGUCAGUGUUCUAUGAAAUGACACUUGAAAGAAGGUGGGACAGAGUUUUCUCUAACGAAAACGGUGGGAAUAGUAAUCAAGUGCUUGUGGAUGUUGUGGUGAAAGCUGAAGUUGCAGGGCUGGAAGAUGGUAGAGAAGCUGUUUGGGAGGAAGGAAAAGUUGAAGAGGGUGUGAUGUGGUUUAGGAGUUUGGAUAGAGGAGAGAGAAAGGUAGGGUUGAGCAUGGCCAUUGUGGAGGGAAUGAGAUGGGAGGAAGAGAGAGCUGAUUGGGAGGGAAAGAAUAUUGCGGAGAAACAAACGAGAAUUGAAAGAGUGGAGAAGUUUGAGGGAAUAAAUGAAACACUGUGGAGGAAUUUUGGAUUUUAUGUGUUGGUGGAAAGCUUUGUGUUGAAGAGAAUGGAUGGAAGCAUUGUGUUAACUUGUGACUUUAGACACUCAAAUCAUGGCAAGUGCGCUUGGGAGUAAACUAGUUAAUGAUUAUAAUAUUAUAUGUAUUUGAUUUCUAAAGUAUUUGUUGAUUAUAAUAUUACUUAUUCUUAUACUCCAAAGACGUUUGCAUAGAGAGGUUGAAUUAAUGUAUGAAGGGUUUGAUUUUGAGUGGCUUGUAAAUGGGUUUGAUUACAUCUUACUGUUGUAUUAAAA